GGCAGCGAACCCACACGCUGCGCUCUCGCUCGCCGCUGGACGGAGCAGGUUCGUCUCUGCUCAACUUCUUCCAGAUGUUUGGCUGCAUCAGGAGCAAAGGGAUCGCUUCAGUCCGGCGGAGCGGCGAGGGACGCUGCCGCUUUAAGAACACUUAAUCAGGAGUCAAUGAUCACCAAUUGAGCCGUUGAGCCGGCGCUUCCAGAUUUCCAGCCUCAGCUGCGUCCGUCACGCUCCCACGCUCACGUCUCCCCCCCUGCUGGAGGAAUUAUCUGCCCCGUGUUCUGGGGCCGGGGGGUAAAACAUGCUGUCCGCCGCAGUUCAGAUCCUGGCGUUCGCCCUGGCGCUGCUGGGCGUCCUGGGCGCCACCGUGGCAACGCUGCUGCCCAACUGGAAGGUGAGCGUGAACGCGUGGAGCAGCAUCAUGACGCCCAUCUCUCAGAUGCAGGGUCUGUGGGCGGACUGCGUGUGGUACAGCUCCGGCGUCUUCAGCUGCACCAUGAAGGACUCGGUGCUGUCGCUGCCGCCGUCGCUGCAGAUGAUGCGGGCCGGCAUGGUUCUGUGCUGCAUGGUGGCGGCGUUUGGACUCUGUCUCGCCUCGCUGGGACUCAAAUGCACUCGGUGGGGGGGCAGCCAGCGGGCGAAGGGCCACACGGCGAUGGCGGCGGGCGGCUGCUUCGUCCUGGCCAGCCUGCUCUGCCUGGUUCCGGCGGCGCUCUUCACCAACGAGGUCAUCACCGCCUUCCUGACCACCGACCUGCCGGACAGCAGCAAGUACCAGCCCGGCGGCGCGCUCUGCGUCACCUUCAUCGCCGCCGGGUUCCUGCUGGCCGGAGGAGUCAUCUUCUGUCUGUCCUGUCCGGGAAGCGGGUCCGCCGGCCCGGACAGCGUCUCAAACUCCGACUCGAUCCGACUGGAAAGGAGGCAGGAGCCGAAAGUGGAACCCAAACAGAAGAAGAAGAAAAGCGUGCGGCUGCAGACGGAUGAGGUGAGGCAGGAGAAAACGGUUCUGGACCGGCAGAAAUUCCCACAGAAAGACCUGAAGGACAACUACAGCCUGCAGGAGUAUGUCUGACGCUCCGGCGGACGGGAAAUGUGGCGUCCAGGCGCCUGAACUGGGGGAGGUGUGUGUGUGUGUGUGUGUGUGUGUGUGUGUGUGUGUGUGUGUGUGUGUGUGUGUGUGUGUGUGUGUGUGUGUGUGUGUGUGUGUGUGUGUGUGUGUGUGAGAAGGGGAUAAUUACUAAAUGUUGUAAAUGACAGAUUGUAGAUUCAGCUGAAUGCCUCAGAAGCAGAGCAGGACUCUAAAAAACGAACCUCAGAGCCACAAACGUCUGAAAACCUUUAAAACCCGACCGCUGCAGCUUCACUGAAACCAAAAACCUGAAGACAAAAAAACGUUUCAGCUCAAACUGAAACCAAAAAGCCAUUUUAUUCCAGCCAAUGUUCUGCCUUCAGAUGGAACUAACGCUCCAACAGGGCUGCAACCAACAUUUCUGGGGACGGGGCCCCAAUGCAACAUUACAGGCAACACUUUUUUAUUUUUGUGCUGUUUUUUCUUGCAAUGCAUGAAAAAAAAAGUUUCAUUCUAAAUCCAAAAAAAAUAAAGUAAUUUGUUUCCUUUAUGACCUGCAGAGUGAAUAACAAAAAAUGACUGAACAGGCUGCAGAUGAAAACUGGAAAGUUAAGAAAGCAAACCUAAAGUUUUUUAAAAUAUUUUUUAUUCUGCUGAGGAAAAAAUGCAGACAGAUCAAAAGAAAAGGAUGUAAAGGUUCAUCAUGCAUGAUUCAUCUCUGCACAAAAACUCCAUCCAGUAGAUCAUGAUAAAUGAAGUAAAAUAUUGUUUCCCUAUUGUCAAAUUUGUCGAGGUUUCAUUUCAAUCAUAUUUACUUUUAUUCUUGCAGAUUCUGCAGAAACAGAGAAAAAAAUCCAAGAAAAUUAAGAAAAUGUGCCAAUACCAAUCUGAUUUUCCCACAAUUAUUUUUUUAGCAAAAAAAAAAAAAAAAAAUUGAGGUUUUUAAAAAUUUGUCCACAUUUGUCACAUUUUUGACAGCAUACCAAGGAUCAUGCUAAGAAACUUAAAAUUACAAGAGUAAAGUAAUUGUUUUAUAAGAAUGAACUUGUGCGGGAUAAACUUAUGGUUUUAUGUGAGAAAAGUUAUAAUAUUAUCAAAAUAUUACAAGAAUAAACUUGUAGUCUAGCAAAAAUAAACUCAUAACAUUAUGAGAAUAAAGCUGUAGUAAAGUCAAAACAAACCAGAAUAAAGUUAGAAUAUCAUUUUAUCUUGACUUUGAUACGACUUUAUUCUCAUAAUUUUAUGUUUUUUUAUCUUCGUACUGUAACAUCCUUCACAGGUUACCAGAGAGAAAAUAUCUCUGUUUCUCCAGAUUUUGACCAUCACUGAAUAAUUAAUUUGUUACAGUUGAUUAUGUUAAAGUGCAGAUGAUUUGAAAACCCCACUAGGUGGCGAUAAGGGCAUCAAAAUACAUGCGGCUAAGCGGUGUUAGGCUAGCAACCUUUCCAGAUUGUUUCUAGCUCAUCUGUUCUUUGUUUUUCUUCUGUUUCUAAAUUCUACAGCCGACACUUGAAGUUCAUUGAAAACAAUGUAAAGUCUAACUGGAACCAUUUUAUUUUUUCCACAAAUAACUGUUUAGGAAAGUCUUUAGAUUCUUGUUUUUUCUCACUUUGAGCAGAAACUGGGUGAGAAAGUCAUUGUGAAAAACAGCCAGUAAGCAGUUAGAUGCAGAUUUUUCUUUAUUAAUUUGUGAAAAGGUAAAUUUCACAAACCAACACCUGCCUUGGACAGUCGGUCUGUUUCUGGAGAUUGGGGAGCAAUCAAUCUCUCUUCCAGGAGAUUAGCUGGAAAUUGCUUUGAUGGCCUCUUUUCUUUUUUAAUGACUGCUGAGAAAAUCACAGCAACUGAAUGUGUGUUGAAUUUUUAUUGAACGCUGCUGCUGCCUUCUUCACCAUGUCUGCUUUGGAUUUGCUCUGAUCUCAUCAAUAAUUUCUAGAAAUCCUUCACUUUCUGCUUCAGCUGUACUCGCUUGUAUGAGAAGCAAUAAAAUAU